AUUGCGUUAGCUCUCAAGCCAUAUGAUUGUGAUUCGUUCAUAUAUACAGCUGCACACAUUGCAUCACUCCUAUCGCCAAUAUGGAUGACUCCCAUGUAGACAAUUUGGAAAAAAUUGGUAGAUUUAUUUGCAUUAAGCAAAUGUUUCUAUUUAGCAUUCUUUUGCUCUACACAUGUCACAUCACAUACUCAAGUUUUAGUUGCCCUAUUUGCGGAAUACAUGCGCAAUUAAUAUGCAAAAUCUUCAUGGCAACACUACUCUUGGUAAUAACGGCUAUGUUCAUUUUGGCAUUCAUUUUAUCUUUGGGUAUAUCGAUGCGACAAGCGGAUUUUCUAAGACCAUGGCUUGCAACAAAUAUAGUAAUGGUGAUUAUGUGCAUUGUCAUGCUAGUAAUGACCAAUGAUGUUAUGCAAAUUAUUCUGGGAACUAUGGUGCUAUUGUUUCAAGGCAUAUCCUGGUAUCCCAUCUAUAAACUCUAUCAUCGUUACUAUGACGAGGGCAAGGCACGCGAUGAAGAACACUCCUCGUCAGACAAUUUUCUCAUGACGAAUGGUGGUCUAGAGUCCACUGCAGCACCAUACUAUGCUGAUAUUGAUGCAUAUCCCAUGAGAUUUCACUAUGAAGAACCACCACCUACGUAUGAACAGGUGAUGGGAAUUGAAUCACAACCUCCCUCGUUUUCCGAUCUACACAAUUGUGCGGGAACAUAAUUGUAUAGAUAAGAUUUUGACUAUGGA